CCACCCAAGUUAAGCCCCCCGCAGGCCUGCACCUUCAUCUUCCCUGAUACCUUUAUCCUUUCAAACGCCACGAGAGCCACAUUUACACAUCUGGAGGUAGCUAUGCGAGUCUACGGCGAGGUCGCCGCCUGUGCCCUAGCUCUGGUGGUGGUGGCGCUCACGCUGUUCGCAUCGUUUGCUUCGUCCAACUCCGAGGGUGACGCACUGUAUGCGCUCAGACGGGGCCUUUCUGACCCCGAAAACGUGCUGCAGAGCUGGGAUCGUACGCUCGUCAAUCCCUGCACUUGGUUCCAUAUCACCUGCAACCAGGACAAUCGCGUCACCAGAUUAGACCUAGGCAAUUCAAACUUGGUUGGUCAACUUGUGCCUGAUCUUGGAAAACUGGAACAUUUGCAGUAUUUAGAAUUGUACAAAAAUGAUAUUCAAGGAACCAUCCCUGCAGAACUUGGCAACUUAAAGAAUUUAAUAAGCUUGGACUUGUACAACAACAACAUAUCAGGGUCUAUUCCUCCGGCCUUGGGCAAAAUCAAGUCUCUAGUAUUCUUGCGGCUUAAUAACAACAAGCUUAGUGGGAGAAUCCCAAGGGAGCUGGCUGAAGUUUCUGGCCUCAAAGUUGUAGAUGUCUCCAACAAUAAUCUUUGUGGCACCAUUCCCACUACUGGUUCAUUCGAACACAUCCCGUUAAACAAUUUUGAGAACAAUCCUCGUUUGGAAGGGCCAGAGCUACUCGGUCUUGCAUCCUAUGAUACAAACUGCUAAGAGCUUAACAAGACUCAAAACUUUGGAAAAGGUACAUUUUAUACUACAAAAUCUAAGCUAUAAAUAUAAAUUUGUGAGCAAUGGAAGAACCGUAUUGCCUUUAUGUUGUAUGUAUGUAGAUAGUGGGCUUGUCCUGCCAUGUAACGAUUUCCUUGAAGAAAACAAGCUAAUUAGUUACUUAAGAACCUUGUUGUAUUAACCUGGUGUUUCAGAGAACAUUAAGAUUAGCAAUAGUUCAUAAUUUUUUUUAA